AUGAAGUUUACACAGCUCCUCACCGCUGCCAGCACAGCAGUCCUUGCUCUUGCUGCACCGGACCCCAAGUCCAAACCCAAGAAAACCUCGGCCUUCCAAUGGUUUGGCGCCAAUGAAUCCGGAGCAGAGUUUGGAAGCAACCUUCCUGGCGUGCUGGGCACCGAUUACAUCUGGCCCAACACGACUGCCAUUGGCAUCUUGAGGAAAGCAGGGAUGAAUAUCUUCCGUGUGCCAUUUGCCAUGGAGCGUCUCAUUCCCAACACCAUGACUGGAACCCCUGAUGCAACGUACAUGGCUGAUCUGGUUUCGACCAUCAAUUAUAUUACGUCCACCGGUGCCCACGCCAUCGUCGACCCUCAUAACUUUGGCCGAUACUACGGCAACAUCAUCACCUCAACCAGCGAUUUUGCCGCCUUCUGGACCACCGUCGCCACGAAAUUCAAGGACAACGACCUCGUCAUCUUCGACACCAGUAAGGCUACCACCUUCCCUUCUUCAACAGUGCAGCUAACACACCCAGACAACGAGUUCAACACCGAAGACCAAACCAACGUCUUAAACCUCAACCAAGCCGCCAUCAACGCCAUCCGCGCCGCAGGCGCCACGUCCCAGUACAUCUUCGUCGAAGGCAACUCCUGGUCCGGCGCCUGGACCUGGGAAUCCGUCAACGACAACCUGAAAGCCCUGACCGACCCCGUCGCCGACAAACUCAUCUACGAAAUGCACCAGUACCUCGACAGCGACGGCUCGGGCUCCUCGUCCACAUGCGUCUCCUCGACAAUCGGGCAGGAACGCAUCGCCUCCGCGACGGCCUGGCUGAUCGCGAACAACAAGAAAGCGUUCCUGGGCGAGUUCGCCGCUGGCUCGGACACUGUCUGCCAGAGUGCUGUGACCGGGAUGCUGGAUUACAUGGAGGCGCAUGCGGAUGUCUGGCUUGGGGCGGAGUGGUGGGCUGCUGGGCCCUGGUGGGGGAAUAAUAUCUAUAGUAUGGAGCCGCCGACUGGGCCGGCGUAUGAGUAUUACAUGCCGGUUUUGGAGCCCUAUUUCCCGGGUGGGAGUUAUACGGCGACGUCGACGGGGACGGAGACUGCUACGACCACGACCGAGACCACGACCGAGACCACGGCAGUCGGCGUCUCCCAUUGGGGACAAUGCGGUGGUCAGGGCUGGACGGGGCUGACGACCUGUGUGUCGCCGUAUACGUGCCAGGUGCUGAACACCUAUUAUUCGCAGUGUCUGUAG